GAAGUUGAGUGUCUGGCGGCCACAGAUGGUCGCUUCAUGGACAAACAACUCUUCACGUGCGCUCCUAAAAAGGGAUACUUCACCAAACUCUCCAGAGUGAAAUUAGAUGACCGGUUCGCCCACUUUUCCUCAUUUUCAACACUUUCAUCAGAAUUCAGUGAAUCUGAUGAAUCACUAGAUGAACUGAUCAAUGUUGCUGUUGAUUAUGUUGCAGGCAGAAACCUCGGCAUUCAAGGACACCACAAUUCAUGUUAUUUGGACGCCUCCCUCUUUGCCAUGUUCACAUUUAAUGACUGUUUCGAUUGCAUGUUGUAUAGAAGCAAAAAUGUUAAUGAUAUUAACUCUUAUGAUGAAAUACAGAGAACAUUGCGAGACGGCAUUGUUCAUCCACUGAGACUCAACCUCUACGUGAGGGCCGAUAAAGUGGUGCGGUUGAGGCAACUCAUUAGUGAUGUCAGUCGCAACUAUGGCUUCCUCAAUGAAGAAAAAGAUCCUGAGGAAUUCUUGCAUUGUCUGUUCAAAGAAACAUUAAAAUUGACUCCAUUGUUGCAAUUCAAGUCAGCUCAAUUCUUUUUGCUGGUUGACGAUCCGUCAAUGACAUCAUCUCAAAUGUCACCGACAUCCACUCCAACUUUGGCUCAGCUGUUAGAAGCCUCGAUGCAAAAAUUUAAUUUAAAAUUUACGAAGGUUUCAAAUGCCCCGUCUGAUGUUUAUGUAAGUCCCAGCAUGAAAAAUAUUAGUCCUCUAUCGUUAAAUUUGAUUCAGAGCAGUACCGACACCAUCUGCAAUACAUCUAAAGAUUAUACUCUCGAGUUAUUUGCCGUCGUAUGCAUAAAAACGAGUCAUUAUGUUUCCUUUACCAAAUGUGGCUACAAACAAGAUAGUCCUUGGUUGUUUUUCGACAGCAUGUCCGACAGGAUUGAUUCGGGUCACGGUUACAACAUUCCUGGGAUACAAAUUUGUGAGGAGGUAACAGAAUUUCUUAUGAAUGAAAGCUUCAGAAAUCGAUUAGAGAGUACCCCUGACGAAUCGCUAUCAGAAGAACUCAAAAGAUUUUUAUGCGAUGGUUAUAUAUGUUUCUACAGAUCGCAAAAACCGAUUUAG